UUGGGAACCCCUGAAUGUGCCUCCAUUGGACCUCCACAAGAAUACGAAUUCGCUUGCAAUAAUGCAUCGAAAAACGUCGAGCAGCUGAAAAAUAUUUCUCUACCCGGCCUACCACCAGGGUGGAAAGUGAUUGACGAAACACAGCAAGCCAUUCCUGGCACAAACAGGCGAAUGCUAGCGCAAACGGUGAUGUUCAUCCCUCAGUCGGCUGCAACCAUUGUCGGACCGGGGUAA